UUCCAUCUGUUCGGGUUCUGUCUUGAUUCGUUUAGUUAGUGAUUGUUUGCGUAUAUAAAGACGCGAGAGUAUUAGUUCGGUCCGAUUCAAAUUGAGGUGUUGUUACUUGUUUUAUGUCUUAUUUGAAUGAAACGAAGAAGAUUGACAUAUGCGGAGUAUCAGAAAGCGAUUUUGAUCUUUUAAUCAAUAUAAGAAAUUCAUUGGUAUCGGAAAUCCAGGGUGUUAAGUUGGCGAUUGUCCAAACACUAAAAACACCGCAAAAAAUCGGCGAAAAUAGGCGGAAAGUCGCGAAAUCUGGGCUAUGACACAGCGAGAAGUGACUUUGGAAGGUGGCGUACCGUGGGGAUUUCGCAUGAAUGGUGGUGUGGAUCAGAAAUAUCCAUUAAAAGUUUCCAGGGUAAAUCCUGGAAGUAAAGCGGCCCAAAGGGGAAUUAGAGAAGGAGACCUGAUAACAUCGAUACAGGGCGAAAAAACUCAAAAUUUAACGAACAACGAAGCCCACAAUUUGCUGAAGAGGUCCGGAAGCACUCUCAAGUUAGGACUUAAUGAAGCCGUAGAAAAUACGCCAACUCGAAGACAGUACCGAACCAUCCAUCAGGAAACUCAUCAAGAAACUGUAAAAAAGUCCAGUGUUACAUACACUUUGAAAGAGACUAUUGAAAAAUCUUCAGGCAAGCCAAAAAAUCACGAAUGCGAAAUCUUCAAAUCCAGCGAAUUUACUAAUGGUAAAGAUUCCAACGAAAACGGUACAAAUGUUACGAUCGUAACGAACUUUCCGGUGUCUGAAAAAUCGACGUCAAGCUCAUCUACCUCGACACCAAGCACAUUAAUUCCAGAAGGAAGAAACAUAUCAAGUGAUCACGCAGUAGCAUCCAGACAAUCAUCUUAUUCCAAUUGUAGUUCCAUUCCUGACGAAGGAUCGCAGCAAGAGACUCAACUAGAUCGAAGCGGAGAAAAUCAAGACAUGAACGAUGGGCAAGGGCGAAUGUCGAAAAGUAAAAAACGAAGACUGCGGAAAAAGAAUUUACUUAAUCGGACUGUGUCGCAGGAGAGUCAGAGCCAAAGCGAAGCUGAAAUUGAUGAAAUUGACUCGACUGCCAUAAAAGGAAUAGUGGAUGAAAGUGACAAAAUCGUGCGUGAACCUUCGUCAAAAAAUUUGGAAAUUUUAAGACUGAAAAGAAUCGAACACAAAUAUAAAGUAGAAUCGCCAAAGGAACUGAAACUGGAACAUGCUAGGGAUGUAAAAAAACUUAAAGCAAAAAGUAAAAGUUUGGAUGAUGAUGAUCUUUUGAAAAUUCAAGAACUAUCCGAAGCUAGUGAAAGUGAAGACGGAAAGUAUCAACCUAAUGUUGUAAUUUCCGAAGCAUCUUCCGAUGAAAACCUACUGGAUGAUUUUGAUCUCAAAAAUGAGAAGACACGAAAAAGCGCCUUAACUUCCAUUUGUUUGCAAUUAAGCGAAGAUAAUAAAAUAGAGGCUACUUCGAAAAUCAGCCCUCAAGAGGAACAAGAAUUGAGAACAUUCUUAGGCGGACUAAACCUAGCCAACUCACCGGAGGAAUCUGCUAAGGAACUAUACGAAAAAACAGCUGGCUUAGAAGAUUCGAAAGCCAAGAAGCUGCAAAAACGCAAACAGCUAGAGGAAUACUUCAUGCCAAUUGCUGAAAAUCCUCGAUAUUUAGAUGCGAUAUCUGAAGAGGCUAGUGACAUAAGCGAUAAAGAAUGUGGAGGCGCGAGCAGAUCUGUUCAACAUCUAAAACAAGGCACUCCAGAACAAGACUCUACUUUACCAGGUCCGGAAGCCGAAAUACCAAUUUUGGUAGCAGCUAAAGUGCUGGAACCAACAAAUACUAAGCAAGAAGGAAUCUGCACAACCGACGUAGUUCCAGUAGAACAACAAAAAGCUGAAGUUGUUUAUCUUCUGGAUUCCAGCACAUCAUCAAUAUCUACUGAAGACUUUGAUGAUGCACUUGAAAAUAUUGAGGAUGAAUACGAUGACGAUACAGACGAACUUGAAAUGCACAACCCAACAGCAGAUGGGCUUAAUACGGAGGAAAAUUUUUCAUUGCAGGGUAAUUUAGAGUCAAGUAAAGAAAUUGGCACAAAAGAACAAAAAGUUAAAAUCUCCACUGAUUUAGACAACCCGCGGGAUAAUUUGCAAAUACACUCAAAUGAAUCCUAUUCCUCGAUAACGUCAAGUCAGAUAAACACUUCCAAAACAAUUUCCGCACCUUUAAAUUACCCGAAGGUGAAUCCUUCCCCUCUAGCAUCAUCUAGCGCUGCUGAGGCAAAAAAAUCAAGCUCAGUUCAAACUUUAUUUGACUAUACAAAAACGCCGAAUGUUUUGAGGCCAAAAGAGCCAGAAACCAUUAAGGCCAAACCCAAAAUACCUCCAAAAGAAAACAUAUUGUCCAACUCAAAGGAGAAAUGCGACGUGGCUAGAUCAGAAGCAAGAAGUGUUUCUGCGAUGCACACAUCGAAAAAACUUGUCAACGGGCAUUUAGAAAAUGAAGAAUUCAGGAAAGUUAAAGUGGAUGAAGUAUCUACAAAUGGCGAUGUGGAAGUAGUAAAGGACUUUGAGGAAUACGUUCUGAAUCCUAAUAAUCAACUGAACGGGAACUUAGGAGAUAAACCUGAAGCUAUUACUACAGAAGCAUUGAAAGACACAUUGGAGGUUUUCACUGAACCAAAUGAUAAAGAAUCAGUAACAGAGGAAAUUUCCAAAAGUGAAACUAAAUCAGCUUCCAGUACAUCCAACACUACCAUCAACUCUAUAAAAUCGGAAAAUUCCAUCAGCGAAUCAAAGAAAGAAUUUGUAUUGAGACAUGUAAUAAUGAACUCUCAGGAUUCCAAUAAAACAGACAGUCAAAAAUUGGUUGAAUUUGAAAAAAUAAAGAAGCUAAACAAUGAAAUUAAGGAUAAAAUUAACAAAAAAGAAUUGAUAGGGCCCAGUUUCAGAAAAUCUAAAUCUCCUGCAGUAGAUUUACUUAAUGUAACCGAGAACGGGCACGAUUUGGUUGUAAUGAGCUGCGAGCAACCUAGCAAGAAUUUUGUUGAAAAACGAGUUAACGAAUUCUCGGCAAAAGAUUUCCAGUUUGAAAAGUUGACCGAAACCAUUAAAAAUGAAGGAGUAGUUGACAGCAGCACAACAACAGGAAAUAAUUUAAUAAAAUCGCGCAUAAUAACGUUUUCAAAUGGUUCAGAAAAAGGGAAGCCUGAACAAACCAAACUGGACGAGAGUUCUCAAUCAUCAAUUAUAGUCAACACGAAAAUCUCCGAUAUAGGAAAAAACGAACCACAAAACAGUCUAACCAGCGGGACAAAUAAAGCUUUGAUUGAAAAUAACAGCAACGAAUACAAAAUUAUUCCAAUAAAAUUGGAAAACAUAUACGAAAACGUACCUAAAAAAGAAGAAGGAAGCGUUUUGAAGAAUCUUUUAAGUUUCACCAUUGAUACUGAAUUUCACAGGGCUCCCAACAACAUCGCCAUUCAAGAGAAAAAAGAAGUAAUAAUUCCCAUAGUAUUAGAAACAAAUAACAACCAAAACAUGCAGGAUAAAUCUAAAGGGGAAGUGAUAAUUCCGGUGACAAUUGAAAACACUCCGACCGGCCCCUCUAAGCUGAACCCAGCAAAACCCAGCGAUAUUUUAGAAAAAAUAAUACCUGUUGAGAUUGAAGGAGAUGCAAAAUCAAACUUCAGUCUUCCUUUGAAGGUUGAAAACUGUUCGCGCAAUGAUAAAGUAAGUACAUUUACUAAGCAAGAUAUUCAAAGUAUCAGUAAGACCUUGGAAGGCAUUGCAGAAAAAAACAUUCCAAAUAAUCGGAAAGCUGAUGAAGUUAAAACGAAAAGUCCGAGUUCCUCGCAGAAUGAUAUAUCUCCACCAGUGCCACCACGCCCAAAAGAAAACGAAAUUGAAAACAGUCCUCCAGUACCUCCGCCUCGUAGAUCCAAAACUCUGCUACUAAAUAAGCGCAUUGCUAACAACUUAGGAGCGGAAGUUAAGCAAUUUGAGAAUAGGGGAGUUUUGGCAAAAGGGGAAACUCCUGCAGGCGGUGACGUGAUAUAUUCCAAUGUUCUAAGUCCACCUCGACCUGCCUCUGCAAGCAGCGAAAGCUCUGAAAGUGAGGAGAGUUCCAGGUGUACUGUCAAGUACAAUCCUAAUUCGUCCCUUGCAGAUGUAGCUUCAAUAGCGAAAGAUGAAGAAUUAUUGGAAGCCAAUAAAACUAAUGAGCCGUUGUCACUUAGAGACAUCGUUUUAAAGGUUUUAGUGUCGCUUCCCUUCGGCGAGGAAAUUCUGAAGGAGCUGGCUGAGGUGUCCAAAAGCAUUGAAAAUUUUACUAACAAACUUCCAUUUAAAGGUCUUGCUUCUGAAAACAACACUGUUUCAGUUCAGACUAACCAAGACAUGUGGACCAACCGCUCAAACUCUUAUGAGGAAGAACAGCGAAAAAUUCUAGAGCUUCAUAAAAAUUUCGCCCUCAGAAGGCGCCAUGAUGAGGGUUCUAGAGAAACAGCAAAAAACAACGAUGAUCAAGUGAUUAUCACAAACAUUGGCAACAGGGAAUCUGACUUGUUGAGUCCAAAUCGGUUGCUUACAAUUAUUCGCGAAGAACCGAGCGAAACAGAGCCCACCCAAGAGUUCCUAUUUCCUGCAGACAAUUCCGAGCAAAGACUAAAAGCAAAAAAUUUGGGUGAAUGGCUAACGUUGGCCAGACAUAAAAGCAAAAGUACAUCUAACCUCGACUGCACUAACAUACCUAUAAAUAACUUACGGCGAACUAUUCAAACUGCUCAAAGUGAGCAAGCGAAAUUUUCAAACACUCGUCGGCGUUCUUUGCCGCAAGAAAUUUAUGAAAAACAACUGAUCGAUAUUAUGGAAAAAGAAAGAGAGAUUCAACGUGAGCUUGAGAUGUUGGAGGAAGAGAAGAGAAAGUUGCGAGCAGAAAUCGCUCCUAGUAGACAGAAGGAGUUCCAAGUGGACGACUUUUACGUGUCGAAGAAGGGAGAUUUUGCUGAAAUAAGAGAAGAUGUGAGCAGCAAACAAGAGCGACCAGCUUCAAUGCCCGUUUUCCCAACAGAGUUCUUCAGACAGCAAAUGUACGAGGAAUACAUGGACAAGUUCUCUGAGCGGCAAGAGAGGAAACAGCAUAAAGUUAUCAAAAUAUCUUCGAGCAAUGAGCUGGAACAAGAAAAGGAUGUCCUACUUAGAUCCAAGGAAAUAAUACAUCCAAUCGAAAUUGAGCAGGAAUUUAUGGACCGAGUAAAGGAAAAGCUGAGGAAAAACAACUCAACAGACAGCGACUCCAGCGAAAAAAAGGAUGACGCAGCCGAAAAAGUGGAUUCAUCUAAAAUCGAGGAAAACAACGAAGCCCCACCAGUAAUUGUGCUGGACCGCGACAAAGUGAAGGGCGUGGAAACGCUUCCUCGACAUUUGCAGGAAUUUGUGGGCGACUUGACAACACAGCCAGAAGACAGGUGCUUCAACAAAAUAAUGAUAACGCAAUGCGACAGAAAAUGCUGCAAAGAAGCACGCCGAGUGUACAGGGCGUUGGCGAAAAACAAAACCUACAAAUCCUAUAGUCUUUUGCAUGAAAUCGAUGCUUCUUUAAACUUAGCCAAGGGAUUUCUGUUUAAAAGAAAAGGUAUAUGGUCGCCAGGCCAACCUCGUCGCCCCCCAUCGCCUCCGGGCAAACAAUACCAAAGAACCUGUUCUGAGAAUUCUGAAAAUGAGCCAGUUUUACCCAUAUGGACUCCAAAAAGUGCCAAUUCCAGCCCUCUGGUUGAACGCAAAGAGUUUCGACCUCUCAACUUCCAAUCACCUGUGUUAGGUCGAAAAAACCGAACAAGAUCCGAGACUAUUCCAACACCAGAUUCAACAUCUGAACCUCCCUGGAAAGUUCCAGAAGGUAGCAGUGAUACAGCUUUGCAUUUGUCUUCCACAUUGGAUAGGAGAUUGCCCACUAGUCAAUCGUCACCUGGUUUUGGAAGUUUUUCCACCAGUCCGAGGCUCCCGAGGGCGCAAAAUCCCACCAUUACUUUACUGCAGAAAGCCAGAGAAGGACAGUUGCCCAGAGGCGCUCAGUACCUGAACCAAGAUAGGAAGCUACCAAACGAUCGACCUCCGAUUAAAUAUCCUGGUGAAAUAUUAUAUCACAUCAAAAACGAGUAUACGAGCGAAUCAGACAGCGAAAGACCGAGAAAAAUGGCCGACCUGGCCCCCAGGAAAUUUGAGGGAAUUGGGCCAACAACCAAAGAUGGAAUGCCCUUAAUUUUAAGAUCUGAAGUCAAAAAUGAAGACCAAUCAAAGUGGUAUAAGCGGAUGUAUGAUACAAUCCAUAAACAGAAGCCACACAGAGACGAAUAUGUUACAAUUAAAUACAAACAAAAACGAGCCCAAUACCCCUAUUCUUCUGGUUACCUAUCUGAACCCGAGCCGGGGGCAUACGAUAGUGAUUUCACCGAGUACAAAUACCAAACAUUGGAUCGAAGACGAACUCCCCAAACUCCACGCUAUAUCAGUAAUAAUUCAACAAUGCCUCGAAACGUUCCUGAGAAAUCAUACUCCUCAUCAGAUAUUAUAAGAAAUUCGCAUGUAAAGUACAACAAUCAGCCGGGUCGAAUUGAAAACUACCGACCCGGCCACUCUUCUAUUUCUGAAAAGGAAGCAAAACAGUGGUGGGACGAAGUUAUGGAUAUUUUUGACGGGUGGUUAGAUGAAAAUUCGGCGUUACCCAGCUAUGAUGUCAUGUUAGUCAGGGCGAUGGCCAAAUCUCAUUUGGAGCAGCAAAGUCGCGUUCCGCCGCAAAAGCCCAGAAGCUUUAUCAAUCAGGCGUUGAAAGAAUCCGGUUAUGAAAGUGACUCAACAUUGGUAUUCAAGAGAAAAGAAGAGACGGCAGCCAGUCAACUGAGCCCCAAAGAUCAACGCGAAGUUUACAAAAUGAUACAAAAAGGCGGCGAUGUUCCUUUCCAGGGGUUGAGAAAACCGGCUCCGGAGCGACCGAAAGAAACCGACCUGGUGGAGUUCUUCCCAAUGUCUCCAACCCUGACGAAAAUCCGAAUACACAAGAGCUUUAUUCCGCCCAACGAAUUUCUGAUACCACCGCAAGAGUACUUUUGCUAUCCGGCCACUAUGCAUCAGAAAACGUUUGCAAACUUUAAACGAACUGCUCCUUCGACUCUUCAAAUGGACAGCGCGUCUGGCCCUCCAGUUGCACCAACGCCUCCUCCCUCGCCUCCCAAGAGACGGUCCUCAAGAAAUAAUACGACACUGAGACUGAUCAGUACAAUGAGAGUCAAAACCGAUAAAAAUUCCACAUGCAAGAGACAUGAAACUUGCUUUACUUCGGGAAGUAGCAUGAAUAAGUCCAACGUAAACUACCUUAGAGACAAGAUUACGUGCAAAUUGACCCCUAGUGGAAAGAGAAAAGGAGACUCGAAUUCCAAGCUGAGUGUUGUGAAGAGCAUCAGCGCAUCUCCGGAUCUGAGAUCGAGGAUCAGUUCAACCUUAUCUAGUUGUCGUGACCCGAAAACAUCAGCUCGACGAGUUCAGAGUAGCACCAGAAUAAGUGCAGACAAACCCCAGCAGAGGGGACUCUACAAAAGUGGAUCAACUGGAAGCAUAAUCAGCAAAAAGAGCUCAACUGAAAGCCUCAGCUCUAGAACAUCCACCCCUGUUAAGACCUUCGGAAGUGAAAAACGAAAGUUUGAUCUCACUUUGCCUGUGCUUAGCUCCAAAUCAAAGCUAGUAAAAACUAAAUCUGAUGAGCUGCUUUCACCCACUGAAGUCAAAAAGGGCAUUACCAACAUUUCAAAGUGUCAUGCCCAGUACAAAGAAUCCUUAGCUCCGCUACGUGACCGAAACUCCCUACCGAUCAAAAUUGGAAUCACUGAGAAGGGCAAACAAAUCUUAAAGUCUUCCAUCAAAAGACCAUUGCUAUCGCCGAAAACCUCUCGAAUUACAAUUGGGCAAAAAAGCCGAACUUCAACUGAAUCGUUGAAUUCCCCUAAGAGAAAAACGGUGGGUUCCAACAUGAAAUCAAGUGCAAAGACUGAGGGAAAAAAAUCGCAGCCAAAAACCAAGAAGGACCAAAUCAAUGGAACCCUCAAGCAAAAUGCUGCAGACAAAAAGUGCCUGAGUAAAGCAACAGGUGCUGAAGUGGCCAAAAAACUUGCCAACAUCAAAACACCCGUCACUUGUCCCCAAAUGCUCACUCUAGAGUCAAAUCAUUUCUUCAGAAACUUAUUUCUGCGCAACAUGAAGCCUUCAGCCUCUUUCACUUUGCCGAAGAACACCUGGCUGAUCGAAAAAACAAAUCAGCUAACGCGAAGAAGAGCGUCUUUGACAGAGCCCAGUAUUGGGGCCAUGCAAAUUUACUUGAAACAUACCAAACCAGUGACUGAUUCCAGAUUUAUCAGCCUGGAUGUGAUUAGAUCCAGAAGCGCCAGCCCAAAGUCCGUAACUUUUUCCGAGAACAUCUCCACUCAAGGAACCUCAAAGCGAAGCAAAAGCCUGCCGAGUAAAAUGGUGUUCUCGCAAACUUCACGACCAAUCACUCCACUAAUGGCAGUGAGGGGACGGUCUCCGAUUCUAAAACCUUCUGGUUUAGGUAGAGAACCAUAUAUGUCUUCAAGGCAAAGCCCCAGCCCUCCCAGGAAACUUACGUUUAGCCAGCCAUAUCGACCAAAAUCGCCCAUUUUAAAGCAACCUCUACUACCACGCACGGGGCGAAGUCCCAGCCCUCCAAAAAAACUGUUCUUCUCUGAAACAAGUAGGCCAAUCUCCCCGGAAGUGAGACGAAAAAAUAGGCCAGAAUCUUCUCCACCCCCUUCGCCACGUAUUCCUAGAUCUCCAUCAUGCAGGAAAAUAAUGCAAUUCAAAAGCCAACAAGAGCAGAACAGGCCACAAGAGCUAACAUUGUAUACUUGUCCAGAUCUGAACCACAGCACCACUUCUUUGGACUCCUUCAGAAGUGAAGACUAUCAAGUGUACUUAAAAGACCUGGUUUACAGUGACAAAAACGAGAAGUUCAAGGAACUCAAUCAUUUUUAUAGCGACAUAGAAAAGGUCGGAGAACUGGAGCAGAAGUUCUCCUUAAAACCGCGAAGGAAAGAUGAAAACGAAAUAAUCGACUACGACCGAUGGAUGGAGGUAAGAUCAAGAGAAAAGGCCGAACACGAACUGCAGCAUCUUUACCACCAUCUAAAAACCCACGAGAAAGAGAAAGGCUUUUUGUUUCUACCAAAGGACGUUAAGCAGUACAAAUGGAAACUGGAGGCAGACAGAGGUUUGAGAAUCAAAGAAAAAUCAGUGGAGAACUUAAAGGAGGAAUUCGAAAGGCUCAGAUGCGAAGAAAGCCAACUAGAGAGCGCCAGACGACGAGAAAUGGAUUAUAAAAAGGACACAUAUAAGCCUCUGUGGCGAGGCACAUCAGUCAUUAAUCUAGCCAACAUUCUAUCGGAAAAGCGAAGCCAAUCUGAGGGACGCGUAAAAUCGACCAGACAGAAAUUUUUGGAUCACGACCAUCCACUAAGUCAUGGAAUUGGCUCCAGAAUAUGGAGCAGCUUAUCCAUGGAGCAAGUAAAUAACCUUAAAAAGCAACUGCAAGACAUUUAUGGAGAUGAAGUAGCUCCAUCUGAGGACAGUUGUUCCAAAGACUAUGCAGUGGAAGUUUCUAGGCAAGUUGAAAAAACGUACAUCCCCCAUUUAACAGUCAGGAGGAACUCUGACAGUUCCAAGCACGACUUAAUGAGCGAAGAUGAGAAAAAGACUAUUUCGCAUACUUUAAGCAAGGAAGUGUUGGAGAAAAUUGCCAACAGGCGCAAAGAGGAUAAGCUGGCGCUUCCUUUGAUCAAAGGAAAAGAAAUGAUGGGCGCCAUUGCAACCCAAGAAGCACAUGUCAAGACCAUAGCAAGAGAAGCUGUAAAGCCUUUGGCAAAACCCAUUGAAACUGUGGUUACGAAGCAAAACUCAAUCAGUGAAACUGAAUCUGCCAGUACCGAUGACUCUGCGCAGACUGUUAUUAACUUGCAGGACGUCCAGAAAAAAGUGGAGUAUUUUGAGAAAGCCAAAGACAUAGAAACUUAUGUGCCUACUGUCUAUAGGCCUGCUGAAGAUGGCAGUGAGGAACCAAACAGUCCGCCUGAAGAAAAUAAACCUGCAGAACAAGACAGUACACCCAAAACAAUACACCAAUCAAAGUCGUGUCAAAGCCUUAAGGAGUUUUUUGGUCAAACCGAGCUGGUAAAGUUCGCAACUUUGCCUCUGGCAGCCACCAGGAAAUCUGAAUACAAAUACACGAAAAAGUCUCGCUUAAGAGCUCUGGACAUUAGCCCGAUUCGAACGAUUUCAGAGGCUAACUCCAUAGAUAGUCUCAGUAGAAGUCGCUCAGCCUCUCCCUACUACGAAGAAGCUCAGGCAUUGGCGAGAAAAGGCGAGGUGAGAAAAUUACGGAAGCAAUUCGAGUUUUUCGAAGACUUCUUCGGCGAGAAGAAGUUGAAGAGAUCUCGCAGUGAAAACGACUUGAAAGUAUACGGGCAUGUGGAGGAUUUGCGCAAAAAAUACGAGUACCCAAUUUAUUCAGGGCGUGGCCGUUCUCGAGUUAAAAGAGGGGGGAUGGUAUCCCCAGUUUGGUUAAAGGCAGAAGACCGAUAUAUGCCCCAUAUUAAUAUUAUCAGUAAAAUUGCUAGUUUGUACUCAUUUUCCAAACAUAAAACUGAUAAAGAAGCGAGCAAGAGUAUGGAAGAGUUGGCUGAAAUUCUUGGAUGUCCAGUGGGCGAGGUGGAACGAAUGAAAGAAAAAUUCGACAAAAUUCGUGAACAUGAGGAUGAAAUUUCCUUGAUGGGUCACAUGUACACUUCAUCUCCGAACCUAAAAGAGCUGAGAGACAUCACUCCUUAUCUUACGGCCAAUUGGAUAGCCCAUAGAUAUCCGCGUUCGGAAGACAACACGCGAUCUUUAUCUUCACCGGAAGCGUCAAUGGCCUCAAGAGACACUUCCCUGGUGCGAAAGGACCGAUAUAGACCAAAUAGCUCUUCACCAUUUAGAAAAGCGGUACCACAAUCGAUUUUGAAGCCAAUGGGAGAAAAGAGGAGUGAAAGGUUCGAGACUUCUUCAAGGUAUUCUAAAGAGCCAGAUUUACCCCCACCACCGCCACCACCAAAAAGUCAGGGCGCAGUAAGGAGCCAAGAACCAGAAUCUCCAAGGAAAUACGUCGAAAACGAAGUAACUAUCCACUACAAGACACCAAUUCGUACGGAAGUGAAGGACUAUGUUUCGGAAGACGAGCUGGCCCAUCGCCAGGCAGAAGCCAUGAAAAAAAUCUACGAAGAAGAAAAAAAGAGAAAGUACUUCCAGGUUAGCAACGACCUACAAGAAAUUCAAGAUAUGAAAUCCAGGAGGCACACGGACAACUUUAUCCCGUCCCAGAAAUCUCCCAUUUCUCUUAACCGAUAUGACGACUUCGACGAUCUUACUAGUCCGACCAAAACGCGAACGAAAUCACCUGAACCGAGAUUAGUGGCCAAAGCUCUUUAUAAUUUUGUUGGUCAAACAGCCAGAGAGCUCACGUUUCGAAAAGGCGAACUCAUCUAUGUUAGAAGACAAAUAGACAAAAACUGGUACGAAGGUGAAUUGAACGCUAUGGUCGGACUGUUUCCUGUUAAUUACGUUGAGAUCGUCCCAUCUGAAGUAACCACAAAAAUCUCCACCAUCACACCCAGGAAAGCACACGAAGGCCAAGCCAGAGCUAAGUACAACUUUGUAGCCCAAACCCACUUAGAAUUAUCGCUAGCUAAGGGGGAAUUGGUGACCCUCACAAGGAAAGUGGACGACAAUUGGUUCGAAGGGAAAAUCGGAGGUCGCAAGGGCAUCUUUCCCGUAUCAUAUGUUGAUGUUCUCAUAGAUCCAAGUGAUCCGCCUCCACCAAGCACCAAACCAGUGGCUUCGCCAGCUGCCCAUUCAUUGUUACUGAACGGAUCGUCUCAGGGCAAAGAGUCAAUGGGAAGUCACCUCUACACUCCCAAUGUCCCCAACCCGAUAACUAGUAGGGAUAACGGAUAUCAUCAUGCCAAACCAGUUCAAAUAUCCGGAACUGGCACCUAUUCAACAUUGCCAAAAACUAAUAAAAGUCCAAUAAGCCAAGCCCUUCAUAUAGAAACGCAAUCUGACCCGAUACCAUAUCGAGCCCUUUAUAAAUACACCCCACAAAACGAUGAUGAAUUGGAAUUGCUAGAAGGUGACACAGUCUAUGUGCUCGAAAAGUGUGAUGAUGGAUGGUACGUUGGCUCAAGCCACAGAACAGGAGCUUUCGGUACUUUCCCGGGAAAUUACGUGGAGAAAAUAUAGCACAAAAUUUAUUACUUAGGUAGAAUUUAAAAGCGAUUCAUUUGCUACAGAGUUUGAAUUGAUUUACUGACGACUGACAUCAAUUUACUUCAAGCAUCCUUAAAACGCGUUAUGUGAAAUGGUAGAUUUCGACCAGAAAGAAACUCUAUACAUGAAACAUGACCAAGCUAACAAUAAAACCAUUGCCAAUAUAGCAGCGCUGAAAAAACGUCCAUAAGUAACACUACAACGACCGCUUUCAGUUUGCUAAAUUAAUAUGAAACCCCCGUUGUAUAGCAAUAAAAGUAGUGUACUUAAAGUGCAUAUAAAACUAGUUCGGCGUAACAUUUAAAUCAUCCGUAGGUAGGUACCUACUAAUUUCGAGUUUAUGGUAGAGCUAAUGUAAACAAAACUUAGCAAAAUACUGCAAGUCUAGUCAACUAUACCCCAAAUUGUAGAGUUAUAUUAUAGCGACACCAAAAGUAGCCGCAAAUACGUCUACUAAUGUUUUAUUUAUAUUUAUAAUGUAGAUUUAUAAAGGAGUAUAUUUAUAUACAAGUGUAAAGUAAGGAAAACGUUCUUCCAUUUUAAAUUGGGUAUUUCCAAAAACAAUCCUAAUAUCCCUAAUUAUCCCAUAUUUUGCAUAAAAUCGCAACUUUGUUUAUUAGCUUUUAGAAAUGCUGGAAGAGUUUGUUGUUCAUUUUUCAUUUAAUGGUUUCCAGAACUACAUAGAAAAAUCACAGGCAAAGACUUAUUUAUUAUAGGAGAGUGCCUUUAAGAAAUACAAUACAUUUAUUAACACCCGAUAGCUUUUGAACAAGUAGAUGUACCUAAUUUUUCAAAUAUUGUUGUUAUUUAGUUUUAUACUAAUAUUAUUAGAUAUUUUUCAUAUAGAGAUGCAAGAAUGUCAUGUUUAAUUAUUAUUACAUCUAGAAUUAAAAUCUACGUCUUGAAACCGAAGUAUUCAAAUGGAAACUGGAUUCAAAACAGAUUUGGACGUAGUAUAUUUACGUGUUUGAUUUUUUUGUUUGUUAAUUUUAUGAAUGACUUGUAGAGUUGUAUGAUAUUUGUUUUAAUAAAAAAUUAAUGCUGAAUUAGA